AACCCAACCGCGACUCCGCGACCGCUUCCAUUUGGUGCUUUAUAGUCUCCAACACCUCUCUUUUUGCCCCCUCAGACCGCUAAUUUAUCCGAGGCGAUUUCCUCGCGAGCGACGCGUACUUCGAUUUCUUCCUCUCGUUGUUGCCUGCUUUUGGGGAUUCCGGCGACGCUCUAUUCGCGGUCGAAUUGCUUGGCUUGUUUCCGUCUUCCUUGAUUCCUUGAUCGAUCGGCGGAUUGUUGCGCCGGAGAUGUCGGAUAAGUUCUCGCCGGCGCUGCGGCUCGCGGAUCUCAACGAUUUCAUAGCGCCAUCACAGGACUGCAUCGUCUCGCUCAAAACCGUGAAGUCCAAGCAUGGCAAAGCAGAGAGCCAGGAGAAAGCAAGAUAUAUUAGUCAACCAUCACAAACUGAAGCUGUUAAAAUUUCACUCAAGGACUGUUUGGCAUGCAGUGGCUGCAUAACUUCAGCAGAGACCAUUAUGCUUGAGAAGCAAAGUCUGGAUGAGUUUUUGGCUCACAUCAAGUCUGGGGAUACUGUUAUCGUUUCCAUCUCUCCCCAAUCAAGAGCAUCAUUAGCUGCUUAUAUUGAUAUCUCUCCGUCCCAGGUUCUCAGGAAACUAACCACAUUCUUUAAAUCUUUGGGAGUCAAAGCUGUUUAUGAUACUAGUUGUAGUCGAGAUUUGUCACUCAUUGAGUCAUGUAAUGAGUUUAUAUCACGGUACCAGCAACAAUGUGGAGAAAAUCUCCCCAUUCUUUCUUCUGCAUGUCCAGGUUGGAUUUGUUAUGCUGAAAAAACACUUGGAUCAUACAUCUUACCAUAUAUUUCAUCUGUGAAGAGUCCCCAACAAACUAUUGGAGCUAUUAUCAAGCAUCACAUUGUGCAAAAACUGGGUCUUAAUAGGCCAGACAAUGUCUAUCAUGUCACUGUGAUGCCUUGUUAUGACAAAAAGCUUGAAGCUGCGAGGGAUGAAUUUUCCUUUUCAGUAGAUGAGGGAGAAAAUGGGCAUGCCAACUCGGUUAUGAAGAUACCAGAGGUAGAUUCAGUUUUGACAUCUGGAGAAGUUUUAGACUUGAUACAGUCAAAGUCUGUUGAUUUCAAGGCUUUGAAAGAAGCUCCUCUAGAUAGCAUGUUGAGCAAUGUUGACGAUGGAGGGCAUCUUUAUGGGGUCUCAGGUGGUUCUGGAGGAUUCGCAGAAACAGUUUUUCGCCAUGCUGCUAAAAAACUUUUUGGGGUAGAAAUUCAAGGACCACUUGAAUUUAGAAAUAUCCGCAAUUCAGAUUUUCGGGAAGUGGCACUAGAAGUGGAUGGUAAAACAGUUUUGAAAUUUGCACAGUGUUAUGGAUUCCGAAAUCUGCAGAACAUUGUAAGGAAGAUUAAAAUUGGGAGGUGUGAUUAUCAUUUUGUAGAAGUUAUGGCGUGUCCAUCAGGCUGCUUAAAUGGCGGUGGUCAAAUAAAACCAAAGAACGGUCAAUCUGCAAAAGAUCUUAUUCAACUAUUAGAAACUUUGUAUAUGCAAGAUGUAGAAGUUGCAGACCCAUUUGAUAAUCCAAUUGUGAAGAGAUUGUAUGAUGAGUGGCUUGGACAACCUGGUUCAGAGAAGGCAAGAAAGUAUUUGCACACUGAAUACCAUCCGUUGGUGAAAAGUACUGCUUCUCAGCUGCAGAAUUGGUGACAUCUUUCUUGAUUCCUUUUUAGGUUUCGGACUUUUACUGUGCUAGUGGGCUGCCAUAUGGUGAUGCAAUAAAUAGAUAUGUUCUUACUAACAUAACCUCUCCUCUUCCAAAUACGUACACACCUUUUCUAGGGUGUCAUUCCUCAAAAGAGUGUAGAUUCUUUGGUAGUGUAGUUGGUUUCCUUGUGUAAGAUACGCUUCAAAAGUUGUAAAUUAGAAGCGUAUUGUAAUGAUUUUUGGAUCCUGUGUUGCUGCAAUGUGUCUACAUUUAUUACCAGUUGCUUCCCAUAGGAUACUUGUUACUUCCUAAUUAUGUAAUCAGGUUAAUCAUGUACAACUUCAUGCACUCUAUCUAGCCUUUACAUAGCUGGCUUUAUGUCUCA